UGAUGAAAGAAAAAACCAAAACAAAAAUAAGGUGAUUCGGAAGAAUUCGGAAUAAAUUUCGAAAAUACGUUUCUUCGUUUUUUGAUAAAUUUUUAGUUUAAAGAUAAUGACUGUAUUGCGUCUCUUUUAUAGCUAAAAAAGUUCUUCAAUUGAAUUCAAGAGCAAUUAAAUUUUUAAUCAGUCAUUUACAGUAUUACCCGGUAAUUAAAUUUUCAACAAUGACUUCUUCCAUGGCCUCAGGUAGUACGGCUAAUUCGCCCUUCGAUUUGGCCCCCUCGGAAAAGAAUCCCCAUAUCACCAGAUUUCAUUCAUAUCAUGGAGAGCAUAUUGUUCUCUCAGAAGAUAACACUGUCGCCUACAGGAAAAAGUCAUUUGCCAAUGCUGUAACCUUUAGUGAGAAACCAUUGCAGCCUGGUGAGAUUUUCCUUGUAGAGAUCGAACAGAACGAGUCUGGAUGGAGUGGACAUAUGAGAUUGGGGUUGACCCAGUUGGAUCCGCUAAGGAUGUAUAAUACUGGGUCAAUUCCACAGUAUGCUUUACCGGAUUUGGCUGAUAUAGGUACUUCCUGGAUAUAUGGAAUAAGUAAGGCGCACAACAGUAUCUUUGAAUAUGGUCUGGAUAAUGGAAAAAAAUGCAUAAGGUAUGGUGGUAAAAAACUAACCAGGGAUGGAAAUAGUGUAAAAACCUGUAAAGGUGCGGUGCCAAUUAGUCUCCUUAAACCUAAAGCGUUAGGUUUGGUGGAUAUUUUAGCUACAGAUAUGGGCUCUCGUAUAGGAGUUAUGUAUCUGCCGACAGACGAAAAAACAGCGGAAAUGCACUAUAUAAUUAAUGGUGAAGACACUGGACCUUGUGUUAAGGGAAUCCCUUAUAAAAAUGCCCCCUUACAUGUUGUAGUUGAUGUCUAUGGGACCACUAAGAAAGUCAGGAUUAUUCAGUUAUAUCUUGUACCGACAUUACAAGCGGCCUGCAGGGACGCCAUAUUAACCCAUAUAACCCACAAUGCCGUGGCCCAUCUUCCACUGCCAAAACUACUGAAAGAUUAUUUACUUUAUCAAACCUAAUAAAUGCAGAUUAUUUAAUAUCUCAGUGCAUUUUUGCCAUUUUUCUUGUCUUUCUUUUAAUUAUUACUAAGGUGAUGGUUUCGCUAUACUGAGUCUAAGCAAUUUGUGAUUUUUUUUUCUUUUUAAAGAAUCCUUUUAAUUUUAAGAUAAUAAGCCUUUUUUUCUCUCUAGUUUCAUAUUUUAGGUCUAUAUGUUAUAUGUGAUUAUGACAGUUUCUGUAUCGUAGGUUUACCUGUAUGUUCGAUGAGAAUACAAUUUGUUAAGUUUAGAAUAAGCCUUGAACUGACCUUAAUGCUAUUUCAUUUUCACUGUAAGGCUGUAAAUGUAUUUUGAAAAUAAAAGUAUCUAUUGGA